CGUCAAUAUGUAAAUUUGACGUUGAUGUAAUGACACAAGACAGUAUAAAAAUUAAAACGAAUGUUUACGUUUAUAUACAAAAAAUUAUUUACUAAGCAAAUUAUUAAUAUUAUAGUAUAAUAUAAAUAAAAAUGGCCAAUUCGGAUACUAUUCAAGUUAGUUCAUUACCUCUACCGCCUAUGCAGUAUGUAACCCAAUACACAGAUGAUGCUCUCAGACGGGGAAGAGCCCCAAAACCUCCUCCCCCUAUUCAAGAUACUUAUCAUAUGUUUGGAAACGCUUUUAACACCGAAGAAAGUAUUAUUAGACCACUGGAAAGUCAGGGUAUUAAAAGGCUUUAUCCUUUGCAUUUUGAUAGAAGAAGAGAACUGAAAAAAUUAAAUCAAUCUCUACUAGCCAAUUUUUUAGAUUUGCUAGAUUUAUUAGUAAACUGUCCGGAUUCUCCCAGAAGAGCAGAGAAAGUGGAAGAUUUGAGUCUUCUAUUUAUUCAUAUUCACCAUUUACUCAAUGAGUUCAGACCUCAUCAAGCCAGAGAGACAUUAAGGGUAAUGAUGGAGUUGCAGAAGAGGCAACGAAUUGAAACUGCCAACAGAUUUCAAAAACAUUUGGACAAAGUAAUGGACAUUCUUCAACAAGCUAUUCAAAGUUUACCAGAACCAAUGGAGCUAGAUUCAAAAAUAAUGAUUGAAGCUGAUCUAUUGAUGAAAAGUGAGAAAAACGAAAAUUCAGAAAGUAAUCAAGAUCCUUGCUACAUUCUGGACAGGAUUAUGUGUAAUAUUGUUGAUAAUAUGCAAUGAAAACCAUAUUUUGUAUAUUAAUGGUUGUAUUAUGUUGUCUGUAUGUUUAGUUCCUAAUUUAAGACUAAUGUAUUUAUUUGAAAUAAACAUUUACAAUUUAU